AAUCCAUCAGUGCUCUGCAGCAUCAUGUUCGGCUCGAGAGUUUUGAUGUGCCCUGAAAUGCAAUGCGCCCUGGAUGAAUUCUCACAAAUCGUYCACAAGGUGUUCGAGCACAGCUCGCGGCUGAUGAACUUUCCUCCCAGGUUAGCUCAACUGUUGCACCUGCGCAUCUGGCGGGACUUUGAGAGCAAUGUGGGAGAGGUGCUGCAGCAGGGUGCAUCCAUAAUAGAGCUCUGCAUUAGCUUGCAGCGAGCGCAGCCGCAGUCGGAGCAGGAGCAGGAGGAGGCCUUAUAUCACAAGCUGCAGGCAGCGGCGGUGCCCAGCGAGAUGAUCAAACGAAUUUUCGUGGAUCUGGUCAUAGCAGCAGGUGACACGACCGCGUUCAGCAGUCAGUGGGCCCUGUAUGUGCUCUCCUGCGAUCAGCCGCUGCAACGUCGCAUCGCUCAAGAACGAGCUGCAGCUGAAUCGCAGCUGCUGCAUGGCCUGAUCAAGGAAGCACUACGACUGUACCCAGUUGCCCCAUUCAUUGGCCGCUACAUGCCGCAGGACACACAAAUAGGUGGCCAUUACGUGGAGAAAGGCACGCUUGUGCUCAUCUCUCUCUACACAUCCGGCAGGGAUCCGGCACACUUUGAGCAACCGCUCAAAGUUCUGCCCGAGCGCUGGAUUCUCGGGCAGACGGAGCAGGUGCAUCAGUCGCAUGGCACCCUGCCUUUUGCCAUUGGCCAGCGCUCCUGCAUCGGGCGACGCGUUGCCCUAAAGCAACUGCACAUGCUGCUUGGCAAGUGCGCCUCGCAGUUCAGCAUGCAGUGCCUCAAUGAACAGCCGGUGGACUGCAUCCUGCGCAUGGUGACUGUGCCCAAUCAGACCUUACGCCUGGCUCUGACCCUCAAACCGAAAGUGGCAGCACUCUAAUAUCGACUGGGGCUCAUUAUAACCAUUCUUCAUACCUAAUACACUAAUGCACGUGAGGGGAAUUAACUAAGCUGUAGCCCAUACAUACGUAGUUAACACACAUCAUUGUAAUCUUAUUCUAAUUUAUGUUGGCUUAGUAGUAAAGUAAAGUUUCAUAUGCAGACUCGAGGUCUCUACGAUGGCA